AUGACCAUUUACCACUCCCCCAUCUCUCCCUUCGGAGACAUCGCCUCCCUCUCCAUCCCCCAGUUCAUGACAAGAUACAACCCCGACGGCGUCGCUGCAGACAAAGUAGUCCAUCGCGAUGCCCUCUCAUCCGAAGCCCUGACAUACAGCUCUCUGCGCCAGAAAGCCAGCCUCUCGGCGUGGGGACUCAAGCACGAACUCGGCGUCAACCCGGGCGACACCAUCCUUGCCAUCGUCACAAACUCAGUGCGGAACCCCCCCCCCACCUAUCCAGAAAUUGUAGAUACGAUGUCUAACCAUAAGAAGAACGACUUCGUCAUCCUAGCACACGCAACAUGGUGGCUCGGCGCAGUCUUUGCGCCACUCAACACCUCGUCUACAAAGAAGGACAUCGAGCACGUCCUGGCCCUGAUCAAACCAACCCACAUCGCCACAAUCAGCUCCAAGCUGCAGGAUGUCCAAGACGCAACAGCUUCCGUACAACUACACCCCAACCCUCGAGUCUUCACAGUUCUCAGCAAAGUACCAUCCAUCUCCCAAUUCCCCAACGACAUCCUCUCAGCAGCCACCAAGCCACUCCCGGCAUUCGACCUCGGCAGCAAAAGCGCCAAAGAAACACCCAGCACCAUCUGCUUCUCGUCCGGCACAACAGGCAAGAUGAAGGGCGUGCUGAUGUCGCAUUAUAGCCUCGUUGCGAACAUCCUGCAACUACGCACCUCGUUGCCCGCGAGGUUGAACUCGUCUGUGCGGGAGGUCUGGUUUACGCCGUACUGCCACAUCUACGGUCUCGCAACCGUCGUCCUCGCCGGCAUGUGGGCGGGCGGGUCAUUCUUCUCUCUCCCGUCAUUCGAUCUCGAACUGUUCUGUGCCAAAUCGAGCGAGAUCCAGGCUACCGAUAUGCAUCUUGUGCCGCCGGUUGCGCUGCUUCUUGCGACAUCAGAUCUUGCGCGGAGGUAUACUGUGCCUUCGCUGCAGAGGAUUGUUGUUGCUGCGGCGCCGUUGAAGGAAGCCCUACAGCGAGAACUAAAGAACCGCUUCCCUCGAGCUAGUAUCUGUCAAGGCUACGGUCUAACCGAGUGUUCUCCGGGCGUAACGCAUCAAAUCACCGAUAAAGAUUCCAGCUGCGGUACAGUGGGAACUCUCAUCGCCGGCACCGAGGCCCGCCUCGUCUCCCCAACCACAGGCCGCGAUGUUGCUCCGGGGGAAGAAGGCGAGUUGUGGAUUCGUGGACCGCAGGUUAUGAUGUACAUCGCUCUGGAAUGCCUACUUUGGUGGGGCUACAUCAACGACGCACCCGCAACAGCAGCAACGUUCUCGCCUGACGGAUGGCUCCGCACUGGCGAUAUAAUGCGAGUCGAUGCCGAUGGCGAUUUCUGGGUGACGGAUCGGUUGAAGGAGAUGAUCAAGUAUAAAGGAUUCCAAAUCCCACCGUCUGAGCUCGAAGAUACACUGCUCCAACAUCCAAGCGUAACCGACGCCGCCGUGUGUGCUGUAUACGUCGACAGCCAGGCCACCGAGGUGCCGCUGGCGUAUGUAAGUCUACCUCCGGAGACAACCAGCUUGCCCUCCAGUGAAAUCCAACCCGUGCUCGAUGAAAUCAGGAAAUGGUCCGAUGGCCAGCUAGCUGGGUAUAAGAGGCUGAGAGGGGGCGUGUUCCAUUUACAGACUCUGCCCAAGACCCCGACCGGGAAGAUUCUGAGGAGGCUUCUGCCGGCCAAGGUGAAAGAGGGGAGGGAGGGAAGGCUUUAG